AUGCCCGUGCAGUUCAAGUUCCGCGGAGAGAAGGCUUUCCGAAGUUUGCUGAACGUGACAACGCCAUGCACCCUUCAGAGAGUUCGGACCGCCAUCUAUGAGCAGGCCCGAAUCUCUGAUGCGACGACGGAUUUGCACCUUGACAACAAUGCAACAGGGACUACCCUAGAUCCCAAGGCGCUGUUGAUCGAGGAUAGUCUCGUCCAGGUUCUGGUCCGUCGAACUCCUAAAGCCGAGGGGCAGCUGGCAGGCUCACUGUCUUUGGACGCCGUUGGUGAUGAUGAUGACUUGGCAAUGGACCAAGUUGUACAGCAGCAUGACGUGUCAGGGCUCGGAUUGUCUUCCUCGACUGCUCCAACUCAUCGCUUUAACCGCUCUUACAAUGCUGCGGCCAGCAGUAUGGUACUGAGAGAUCAAUCUCUGGAAUCUGCGCACGGUCACGACCUGCUGAAGGUUGCUCAAGAACCUCAAGAGCCUCCACCAGAGACUUACCUUUGCCACAGGUGCGGACUGGUCGGAUCUCAUUGGGUUUGGGAAUGCCCAACGAAUGAUGACCCGGAGCACGUCCGAAGGGUGAGACCAGCCAAGGGCAUCCCCCGGCAAUUCCUCAAGAAGGUCUCGAUAGAGGAAGCACAAGAGAAAAGUGCAGGAGGUGUUACGCUCAUGGUUCCUGGGCGUAGUGGCCACUACAUCUAUGAUCAUGAAGCCUCAGUCGAGGAGAAGAAGCGCAUCCUUGGGGACACUGUUCAGGAGAAGGUGACCACUGCCUUCACCCAGGGUGCGCGACGGGUUGAGGAUUUGCUAAAAUGUCCACUUUGCCAUCAGCUUUUUCGACAGGCAGUACUGGCACCAUGCUGCGGGUCCACCUAUUGCAGUGAUUGUGCCAUCGACCGCCUGGCGCACUCUAUUGAGAGCAGCUGUCCUGGCUGUGGCAAAGAGGUCUUGGUGCAUCAACUUAUUGCCAACGAGGACAUUCGGAAACAAGUCGACCAGGUCACCAGGGCAUCCAAAGCUGCAGCAUUGGCCGCCCAGAAGGAACCUCAACAGCCUCAAAGCCUCUCUUUCACUGCUGCACUGAAGGCUCGGGAUGCGUUGGUGGUACUUGCGAAGGUUGAUUCAUCAUAA